UAGAGUGAGAGCCCCGCCAGCAUUCAAAAGUGACCAAAACAUCAGCCAGGAAGCAUAGGAACUGAGAAGUGGUCUGUGGUCACCACCUGCAGAAUCACUCCUUUAUUGGGGGUGUCUGGCUAAUUGCCUAUAAUUUCCACCUUUUGUCUAUUCCAUUUGCACAACAGCAUGUGAAAUUUAUUGUCAAUCAGUGUUGCUUCCUAAGUGGACAGUUUGAUUUCACAGAAGUGUGAUUGACUUGGAGUUACAUUGUGUUGUUUAAGUGUUCCCUUUAUUUUUUUGAGCAGUGUAUAUUUGAAUGCUACAUUUCAGUUAUGUGGAUUUGCAGUGUAGGUAGACUACUAUAUAGCCAACUUUGAUUCCUGUUGGUUUCUGUAAUUACCCUAAAUAUUACAUUUUAAAAAAUGCAUUCGAUUAACACACUCCGAUUUGUUUGUGUUUUAACCUCUACUCACCUUAAAGAUUUUGCUUACAAUUACACAGCAAGGUUAUGUUCAAACCAGUUACCUAUGCUGCAAUAACUUUCCUUCCAUUUUCCCAGUGACUUAAUAGUAAACCAGGAUGGACACAUCAUCCCUCAGGAUUGUCCUGUUGGGCAAGUCAGGAGCUGGGAAAAGUUUAUCAGGAAACACCAUCCUGGGAAGGUCAGCUUUUGAGUCAAAAUUAAGCUUCAAGGCUGUGACAAAAACAUGUACAGAGCAGACUGAUAAAGUCUCUGGAAGACAAAUCUGGGUGGUCGACACACCAGGAAUUACCAGUACUGAAGAAGAGCAAAUUGAAGAAGAGCAAAUUAAAGCAGAGUGUCAACGUGCCCUUGAAUCAUCCAUUCCCUGUCUGUUUCUGGUAGUACUCAAGGUAGACAGGUUCACAGAGGAGGAUCAGAAAAUAGUGAAGAAAAUUGAGAAGAUCUUGGGUGAUAAAGGAAUAGACAAUAGUUACAUUCUGUUCACAAAUGGUGAUGCUCUCAAAGGCAUGAAAAUAGAGGAUUUCAUCUUUGAAGAUGAAGAGGGUGUGCUCCCAAAAGUUGUUCGGAGAUUUGGUGCGAAAUACCAUGUGUUCAACAAUGACACUGGAAGUCAAGAUCAGGUUGAGGAGCUUCUGACUAAGUCGGGACUCUUGACAUCGAGUGUCCCAGAAAACACCGAAGACAGAAUAAUCGUGUUGCUGGGUAGAAGUGGAGUUGGGAAGAGUGCAUCAGGGAACACCAUUCUGGAUCUGAGAGGGUCUGAACAGUUUAAGUCUGACUGUGGCUUUGGCUCCGUAACCAUACAUAGUGAGGCCAAAACAGCACCGGUAGCAGGCAGGGAAGUUACUGUGAUAGACACACCUGGUCUUUCUGAUGAGGGACACUCUGGUGAGCAUGUAUUUGAUGAGAUGAUGAAGGGUUUUGUGCUCUCUGCCCCAGGGCCACAUGCCUUUGUCUUUGUGUUUGAGAUUGGGAGGGUAACAUGCAAUGACGCUAAAAUGCUUCGUCUACUUGAAAAGCUAUUUAAAGCUGAUGCUAUGAAAUAUGCAAUGGUUCUUUUCACUCAUGGAGAUAAACUCAAAAACCAACCAAUCGAAGAAAAAAUACAGGCAAACGAGGAUCUAAAACAAAUAGUUGAGAUGUGUGGUGGCAGGUACUGUGUCUUUAACAACGAAGCUGCGACCAACAAACAGCAGGUCAGGACUCUACUAGAGAGAAUAGAUGAGAUGGUAGCAGAAAACAAUGGCCAAUGUUAUGGCAGCUCUGAACUGUUUAAAAUUACAAACAAUUUAAAUCAAGAGAAUGCAAUUCGGAAACGAAAAAGAGAUCGGUCUACACCAACAGAUACGCAGACACAUGACAGCAACAGGACAUCAGCUAGAUCCAACAACAAUGACCCAACACCUGAUCAAGAAGAUCUAGGAUGGGUCUUGUCAAUGAUUAGGAGGUACUUACCAUGGUUAUGGAAUGUCUUAGAAUUUUUUAGAUCUUUUUUUACAGAUCAGUCCCCAGAAAGGGAAGGCCUACUUUCAAUGCAUGCUAUGAGCUGUUAGCUGCAAGAAUACCGCCCACUAGAUUCUAAAAGAUAUUAAAGCAGAUUGUCACUAAGGGCUCGAUUCAGUCUGUAUCACCAAUUUGAGCCGACAUACAGCAUUUACCGUGAACAUAGUACCUGUAAACGCGGGAACAUUCCCUUUAAAAUACAAUCUUUAUAGUGCUGAACUUUGGCAAUACGGAUUGAAUUGAGCCCUAAGGCUGGAGUUCAAUCAAAGACAUUUGUUAUCAAGUUUACUGUACAUGCGGAUUGCCUCUUAUCCUCUUGUUGUCCCCUUAUGCCAUAGUUUGUACAUCUCAAUUGUCAUUAGAAACCACAUUUGUUUAAGCAAGUCAGCCAUAUCAGCUAUGUUUUUUUUAAAGGCAGUAAAUGAGGCUGAAUUAACUGUUUUGGUGCCAGACAAGGCUCAGCUGAUAGCCAGGUGUUGCAGUAGUAAAAUUUUGGGACUGCCAUUGGGACAGCUUUAUGUAGGCCCUAACAGUUUGUGGGCACCGUUUGUCACCGUUUUAGUGCAAUUAAUGUAUUGUUUAGUGUUGAGUUGUGUAGUGGCUUUGUUGGCAUGCAUUCCAUAUUUUCUUUCUUGCCCUACCAAGAUUUACAUGCUAAAAUCACCACUGCGCAAGAUCAACCAGUAUCAGAUCUACUAUUGAUCUACGGACUACAGAUCUAUGUUGGUCUCCCUCUGUUUUCCGUGGCCUUUCUCCGCUGGAGAUCUGUUGGCGGAUUGGAUUGUCUGACUGACAGACUACAACUUUUUUGCAUAUGGUAUUUCAUUUGUUUUAGUGUGAUUUAUACCGUGUUGGUUUAUGUGUUCAGUUGUAGUUGAAGACUACUGAGAUAUCCGAUACUCUUUAUUGUUUGUGGAGCUGGAGUUUAUUGCAAUCUGAUUGUGCGAAUGAGACUGGUUUUACACAUCACAUUAUAGAAGGACAGUUUUGUGACUGAGGUGACUUGGGUUCACUGCACUGAUUUACCGGGGCUGGACUUUUUUAUACCCAAGGUAUGGUACACUUACCAGUGAACCAAGGUUGUUAUUGUUUUGUGGCUUUUAUAUUGGUUGUGUGAUUAUUGUGAAAAUACAACAAAGGCAAAAGAACAGUGGUUUUGAAGUUAUUUCCAAUGUUUUAAAGGUUUAUUUCCAUACUGACUUUUACAUGAGUCCUUUGUUUUGGUGUAGACUUGACGGACCAGACGGGACUCAUUCUCUCACAAACAAAAAGGAGAAAUCCAUAUUUUCUCUGGUAGGCACAACCUACCUGGCACCCCUAACAAACAAUAACCUGAAGUCAAAACUGUUACAACAUUCUAGUCGGAAUUAGGUAACUCAGAAAUGUCCGACUUGCUAAUUAAUUGAAUGUGGCAAGUGUAUAACUACAAUCAUCAGCUAGCAAGUCGGACAUUUGUGAGUUUCCUAGUUCCGACUAGCAUGUGAACGCAGAAUUACUAUGGAGUACUGUUCAUUGGUAGUUUUCGAUCAGUUUAGUGUCUAUUAUUUCUGCUUCAAAUUAAAUGCAUUAUUAUUGUUAUGAUGACAGUAUGGGUAACAAGGGUAAAUACACUUUAUGUCACUGAACAUUAUUCUCAUUCUUACAUACUGUAGCUUUUGUUUACUGUUGAUUUGUGAAAUUUACCCCUUUGUAUUCUUUUAAUGCUCAGGUUCAAUAAAACACGACAAAUG